CCCAUUCCAAAAAGAAAACUAGAAACCCCAAAAGAUAAAAUGGAUCAUCGAGCAAGAAUGAUCCUUGUCCUAGCUCUGGUUGCAAUGUCCGUAUGGGGUUCGGACGCAUCCGCAAUGCAAAAGACGAAGUUCGACGCGCCGCUUCUGACUGAAAAAAUAGCAACAAAUAGAUCGAUCAUCGUCGAUAUUGAAGGCAAAGGAGACUACACUUCGGUGCAAAAAGCCAUUGAUGCUGUUCCUGUUGAUAACUCUAAUUGGAUUAUCGUCCAUGUCCGUAAAGGAAUCUACAAGGAGAGAGUGCACAUUCCGGAGAACAAGCCGUUCAUAUUCAUGAGAGGCAACGGAAGAGGAAAGACAGUCAUUGAAUCAUCGCAAAGUGCUGUCGAUAAUGUUGCUUCAGCCACUUUCAAAGUCGAAGCUAAUCACUUCGUUGCUUUUGGUAUCAGCAUCAGGAAUGAUGCACCGGUCGGACUGGCGUUCACGUCUGACAAUCAAUCGGUGGCAGCGUUUGUGGCGGCUGAUAAAGUUGCGUUUUACCAUUGUGCGUUCUACAGCUUGCACAACACUUUGUUUGAUAACAAAGGUAGACAUUACUACCAUGAGUGUUACAUCCAAGGCUCCAUCGACUUCAUCUUCGGUCGUGCAACUUCCAUUUUCAACAAUUGUGAGAUAUUUGUGAUAUCGGACAAGAGGGUGAAACCGUAUGGGUCAAUCACAGCACACCACAGGGAAAACGCAGAGGAACACACAGGUUAUGUGUUCAUAAGAGGCAAAGUGUACGGAAUCGAUGAAGUCUACUUAGGCCGUGCCAAGGGACCUUAUUCUCGAGUCAUCUUUGCCAAGACUUACUUGUCCAAGACCGUUGUCCCUAGUGGUUGGACCAACUGGAGCUACGACGGCUCGACCAAGGAUAUAUACCAUGCGGAGUAUAAAUGUCAUGGACCAGGUGCUGAGAGACAGGGUAGAUCAGACUGGGCUAAAGAACUGACCAAACAAGAAGUUGAGUCCUUCUUGUCUAUUGAUUUUAUUGAUGGAACUUCUUGGCUCCCUGUUUGGCUUCAUGAAAACUCUUAGAGCUCCUUAUGCGUGUUUCCCGUUUGGCUUGGAAGAAAACAUAUGAAGAAAGAAGAACCCAAUCUUUUCUUCACUAUACGAAAUAGUUUUCUCUCUUUUUGUUCUACUCUAAAAUGAUUGUAGACUGAUUGGAAAUUCUUAUGUCGUUUGCACGCAUUAUAUAAGAUAAAUUUCCAUUUUUAUAAUAUAUGUAACCUAAACUAUAGUCAUAUCUCAUAAUUUAAAAUAAUUUCCCGACU